AUGCUUAAUACUUUGAUGCUAAUCUCAAUCAAUGGCCCUGACCUUUAUUCUCCUGAAUGUAAUGAAUUGAUUGAAUCAGCUGUUCUUCUGUGGAAUAACAAGAAAAACAGAAGGAAACUCCCUCCUAACGUUCCUGUUGAAACAGAAUCAACUGUUUUUGUGGCAGUUCCACAUUCAGUUGAUUCAGCUUGUCAGACAGAAGCUUGUGAGACAGAGAGUACUCUGGAGGA